AGGCAACACUACUUGAUAUAAAGCUGAUAACUUCACUGCGGUCAAAAACUUCCUCCUGCGCCAUAUUUUGUCGCCAUAGUGUUCGCCAUUGUAACACUUCUCUUUUCUGCGAAGUAGUCGUGUUCUGGUCUGAAAGACCAUAGUUGAAAAUAGUGCCUUGCUUUCAGUUUAUAAACCUCUAAAUUAUUGUUAUAUGGUGUAAUUUGUUGAUUUUGAGCUACCAUGCGGCGACAGUUCGUAAUGCCUUUGGCUCUGCUAUUUAUAGCCUUCGGAGUUUCCUCGUAUGCUCAAAGCGCGGCGGACGAGGCGGAGCGCCGCUUGACGGUGGACGAGGGCGCGCCGCUCACCGUGGAGUGCGCGCUGCGGGUGGAGGAGCGCGCCGAGUGGCGGCUGGACGGCGCGCCGCCGCCGCCCGACAUGCGGCCGGCCGGCGAGGCCGCGGGCGCCGGCCGCCUCACCGCGCGCCUGCGGGCGCCCGCCGCGCGGCCGCAGCACGCCGGCGUGUACACGUGCGCGCGCCAGCCCGCGCAGCGCAUCCGCGUGCUGGUGCGAGCCGCGCCCGCGCCUGCCGCCCAGCCCGGUACCGCUCGCCCGCUCCGCACCUAGGCUCGCUUGCCACCCCUCGCCGCCGCGCCGUCCUGCCACCACGUUACCCCGCCCACGCAAACAUCUAAAUUAACCAAAUUACCACUAAGAAGUUGCGCGACAUCUGAAUUCUAUACUCGUUCUGAACUAUGACAUGUUAAUUUUAUGAUUACUCGGGGUGGAUCAGCUGUUCACAAACGGAAAUCGGAAUCUAAUCUGUUCGUAAGAUUUCGUUGCGCUAGGUUUUGCGAUACGACAAGAAAACGAGAAAGUGUUACUAGUAGGUUACAAAGAAUCUGUAACUCGGUCGUAGGUUUAUUGACGCGAGUGUUGUCGCGGCGGCGGCGGCGGGGGGCGACGCCGCGCGGCACCUCACGUCACCUAAUGCUGGCUGAUGACGUACAGCACUGCAGAUAGUCUGCGCCUGUAGUUAGUGCCUCUGUAUCUGUGUAGGUAUCGUUUGCAAAAGAUAUGUUGCCAGUAGUAUGUAUUUACUUACUUUGUAUAGAUAAAUUUGUAGUAGCGUUAUCAUAGUAGCGAUAAAAUUAUUUAAUUUAAUUGUUAUCUUAGUAAGACAUCGCUAAGAUUAAUAUCGUACGUGUGCACGUGACGCAGUUCUGGCCUCGGGUUCCAGUGCCUGGCGCCUGGCUAAUGGUUCGAGAUUUGUUUAAUCGACAACAUCAAAGAUGAAAAAAUGUCAGCCAGUUUAAAAAACUAUGUUGGCUAGACGUUUUUAAUAGUUUAUGCUGUUGUAUUCUAUGGACAGGCAUAAGCAAAAUAUUUAGCAACCUGCCUACAAUAAAAGACUCCAUAUAUACAUAAAAACUUUCGUGUAUUCUGUACAUCAUUUAACUUCAAUUUAUUAUAUAAUGCCUUGUAUUUAGUACAUAAACAGCAAUUCUUGUAAAAUAUUUCAAUUUUGUUUCUUCAAAAGAAACCUAGGUUUAUAUCAUUUGACUGCCUUAAUAUUGUUCCUAUAUUGGUGCUUGAGUGGAAUACUAUGUUCUCCACAUGGAUUUUUAACAAUUUAUCAAUAGAAUGCCACCUAAAGUUCUGGUCAUUCUGUAUGUUUAAAUGAUUGUAAGUUACUACAUUUUGGACUAUCAUGAAAUUGUAUUUUAAGACAAUGUUUUGUAUACAGCAUAACCCUCUAGGUGGUGGAUUGGUCUCCAGUUUUUUGUACUCUCUUAAUAUAGUACUAAUUGUU